AUGGACUGGAUUGGGUUCGGUUAUGCGGCUCUGGUGUCAGCUGGAGGAGUCAUUGGUUAUCUGAAAGCAGGCAGCGUUACCUCCCUGGUGGCUGGGCUCCUAUUUGGCUUUUUGGCUGCUGUCGGCGCUUAUCUGACAUCUCAGAAUCCCAAGAAUGUGUGGCUUUCUUUAGGUACUGCAGGAACUUUGGUCGUAGUCAUGGGACUGCGGUUUCUCAGCUCCUGGAAGUUCAUGCCAGCUGGUUUAAUGACUUUAGCCAGUGCGCUGAUGCUGGCGAAGCUCAUCAGAGGAAUGCUGAAGACAAGCCCACACAAAUCCUGA